CCCUCCCAGGCCCCGCUCUCGCUACACGGCCCCCCCGGGCGGGCCUCGGAUUAUGAGCCAUGGACCCGCGGGUGUUGGACAGCCCGGUGACUCUGGUCAUCAAAGCGCCCAACCAGAAAUACAACGACCAGACCAUCAGCUGCUUCCUCAACUGGACGGUGGAGAAGCUCAAGAGCCACCUGUCCAAGGUGUACCCCAGCCGGCCGUCCACCAAGGAUCAGAGACUUGUGUAUUCUGGAAAACUUCUCCCUGAUCAUUUGCAGUUGAAAGACAUUUUCAGAAAGCAAGACGAGUAUCACAUGGUUCACCUAGUAUGCUCUUCAAGAACUCCCCCAGGAUCACCCAAACCUAGUUAUCGGAGCAAUGGAGUCAUUGGAGCUGGAGCUAAUGGUGACACAGGAGUUAAUGGUGAUGCAACGAGUUCUGAUAGUUCAGUUGCUACAUCGCCCUCUUCAUCUCCCAGUCAAGAAUCCUUAAUUGGAUCGACAGGUUCUAGUUCUGCUGAUCUGAGGCAUCGUAACCUUUCUCCAGUUCCUCCAAAUGGUUUCCAGCAUGUAAUGCAAGGACAUGGAGUUGGUCAGUUUCCAACGCAUCCAGGGAUUCCAGGUGGCUUUCCAAUGUAUUCUGUGUACAGCCCACAGCAUAUCCUUUGGUGGCAGCAGAUGUACGCACGCCAGUACUACAUGCAGUACCAAGCUGCAGCUAGGCUCUCGGGACCUGCCACUGCACAGCAAUCUAUACCUGCAGCCUCUGAGCCUGUGAAUCCUGAGCCAAAUCGUCCAAAUGAAGCUCCAGCUGCACCUAUUGCGGCUGUCCCGGAGAAUCGACCUGUGAACCAGAAUAUUCAAAUGAAUGCACAGGGAGGCCCAGUGAUGAAUGAAGAGGACUUGAAUCGUGAUUGGCUAGACUGGAUGUACACAGUCUCCCGAGCAGGCAUACUACUCAGUAUUGUGUAUUUCUACUCAUCCUUCAGCCGUUUUGUGAUGGUGAUGGGAGCCAUUUUGCUGGUUUACUUGCACCAAGCUGGAUGGUUUCCAUUUAGACAAGAUGGGCAGAAUCGCCAGCCUGUGAAUCAUCCGGUGGAAUUCAACCAAGAUGGACAGGAAGAUAAUGCUCAUGAAGUGCAUGAAAUGGAACGACUGAUGGAUGUAGGUGCUGAUGAUGAGAGUGGCGACAGUGGUGAAAGUGGUGACAGUGGAGAUGAUACAGCAGAAAGUACAACAGGAACAGAACCACCUGGCUUUAUGGCUUCUGCCUGGUCAUUCAUCACCACUUUCUUUACCUCACUCAUCCCAGAAGGCCCUCCCCAAGUUGGCAACUAGACAAGCAGUGGACUUUUCAACUUACUACUUAACACAACUGUAUAUUUGAGUGGCACUUACUAAAAAAAAAGACUGAAGUGUGGGACUGUACUUAAAUCUUUUUUUGUGUUACCAAUAUCAGUGCAAUUUUACCACAGCUCAGUUUGCAAAACCUUUCUCUUCUGAUCAUGAAAUACCUAGGGUGUAUAAAGUAUACUUUUUUAAACACCCUAAUUCUUGAAGCACAAAGAUGGAAAAUGUGUGCUUUUCUCAGUUUAUUUUUGUUUUUAUUGUUUUAUAUUAGCAAAGAUAAAAUGUAAUAAAGUUACCUGUCUUCCAUGUUUUUGUUGUAAUUGCUACAAUGAUUUAGUAGCAACUGGGUGCUGAUUAUUUUUCAAACAAGCUAACCAGGAUGUCUGCUGGUAAGAGACAACACAAAGAGCUAAAUAAAUAUAGACUAGCAAUGUUGAACUGCACCUAUAGAACAAGAACCCAAUUUAAUUCAAGAGACUACUUUAAAAAAAAAAUGUUUUUAACAUUGUAACUGCAGAUUCUAAAAACGAAACCUGCUUUUCAACAUCCCUUGGAUGCACAUCAAAUUGCUGCACUUUCUGAUUGUUGAAGAAACCUGUUCCUUCGAGGCGAGUUUGCACCACAGCACCCUGUUGAAAAAUGCUGCCACCUGGUCCAGUAUUUAUCUAAUGUGCAAAGUUGAAAAUGUAAUUUGGAUUGUUAAACCCAAAUUCAUUGUGCUCGGUAGCUUGAUUUGACUUGCAAGUUUGAUGUUGAACCUGCUCGUAUGCAAGUGAACAAAAAAGUUGCAAUAUUUAUCCAUGACUUAUUGUAUGCUUAUAUGGACAUGUUGAGGGUUAAUAUUGGUGCACAACAGCAGCAAUGUGAAAUAUUCUGUAAUGUUCACAAUUUGUGGUGAAACUUUAUUGCAGUGAGUGCUGGUUUGGAGUACAAAGGCUAAGAUCAAAUCAAACUGAUUCAUACUUGUUUAUAUAUAUGCUUUUAAAAUGUUAUUUUACAUUUAAAGACUUAAGUUUAGAACUCUUUUACUUCCUUGUUUGUAUCAAAGGAAUUCAGAGUUUGAAAAUAUAAACGAGGAUCAUUAUCAACAUAUUGCCAGUUUUCAUUUUGGAAUGACAAUGUGACUCUGAUGUUAAAUGGCAUAUGUCCCUGAUGCCACACAAGGGUGAGAGCAUAGUUUUGUAAGUAGUGUGAUUGAAAAAUGCUGUGGCCAGUCUGAUGAGCAAUAACUGCUACGUACAAAGGAUACAGCACAGUUUGGAACCACUUACAGAAAAUAAAGAGCCAAAUAAAGUCUGCCUGCAGCAUGCUAACAUCUUUCACUUCCAAAUAUUGUCACACUGUAUUAUUAGAAACCAAUAAAGCAAAUAAUGGUA